AGUAGCCCCUGAAACGCACCUCGGUAUAUCUUGAAAAGUACCAAUCAUUCUCCACAAGGUGUCACAUUGCUGGCGCUGUCUGCGGUUUGUACCAGCAAUAUACCUCAUUGAUCUGGGGGUAGUAACUAGUAAUAAAGCCUAUUUUUGUUUUGUUUACAACAGCCUCUGGUGUCCUAUAUUUUUAUUUCUACACAACAACAGAGAAGUUGCAGUUGCACAACACCAUCUCCCUUCCUCCUCCGUUUAGCGAGGGCCCUUCUGGGUAAGAGAUUCCUGUGUGACCCAUGUUCUACCUUGGAAAGUCACUUUUAAGGCAAGAUGUGGUUACCCCUGAUUUCCCCAUAAAGAACAACUUUGCUUAUGUUACACAUUGUUUCCAGGCACAAAUACUGUACAUCCGUUAUCUCACUGUCCCAAUAAAUAUGUUGUCUAUCUUUCCACACAAAUCAUUAUUAUCACAUUAGUAGUAAUCGGUAAAUAUGUGUAUCCCCAGGCAUAAAGCUGCAGCAUUCAAACAUCCCGCCUCCUUUACAUUAUCUGUGUCUGACACAUGGAAUCAUUUCAUUGGUUGAAAGUUUCUACGUCCCAAGGAAUUUUCUGGAGUUCUGACAGCAGAAGCGAUGCAGUGUACGAUGCAUCCAUUGAUUCGUCUGCUAUUCAUCCUCUUCAUCUCAUUCACCCUACUAGGGACAGAAGACCCUGUUGCGGAGGUGAAUAAACCAGUAAACGGCACUGUCACAUUUCACCAUGGUUUUGAGUUGGGCAAUAAAAUAAAUUGCACCAUUCGGGUGACCAGUCAAGGUGUAUUAAAGGAAGUUGCAGAAUACAGAAAAAGUCGUUUCAAUGUAACCAACGAGCAGUUUGUGACGCGCACUGUAUUCAACAAUUUGACAUUAGAGAUCCAGAAGCUGACAUUGAAUGACAGUGGGGUUUAUGAAAUAUCCUGUAAGAAUCCUGCAAAAAAGAGUAUUCGUUUCAAACUCAUGGUUUACAAACCAGUGCAUCAACCAGUUAUUAACAGUCAUUGCCAAUGUGGAUCUAAUGGGUGUAACUGCUCUCUUCAUUGUCUGGAUCCAACAAACACUACCUCUGCCCACUGGAUUAUUUUAAAAGACUCCGAACAUGCCAAUAUUUUAAAUAAAAGUACAAUAUGGACCCUGCUUGCUGAUACAUCUGAAAACACUGAGUACAUGUGUGUGCUACAAAAUCCUGCUGAUCAGAAAAACACCUCCAUUGGCUUCUGGAAACUCUGUUCUGCUUCAGGUUACAGUCACAUCCGUUGCCGGUGUUUGAGUAACUGGGAAAAAUGCAUUUAUUUCAGUGCGAGUGCUGGUGUCCUGGUUUUCAUUCUGAUUUUAGCCAUAGCCAAGAAAAUAAAAGAUACUAUACAAAGUAAAAAACAAACAAACAAUGAAAUGGAAAUGACAUCUGUGAAGAGCCAGCUAAUGGAUAAAAAAAUAUGCGGGACACCCGGACACCUUAUGAGCAAGACAUUUGAGGCGAGUGAAUCUUUACAAUAAAGAACAUUGGAAAAGAAGCAUCAAGGUUAUGCUCUGGUGUAACAGUCAAGACUUCAAAUGGAACCAUGUUUGCAAAUGUGCUAUCAAACUGGGUAUACUUGACUGGCAGAUCCUUUAAGUCCAGUUCCCAUUCAUUUUCUUUGGGAUCUGGCCAAAGUUUCAUUGACUCGGCAUUCAUAUCUACUGAAGAGGAUUUUUUUUAAAAACACAUAUUUGUGUUGAUCUCAAUUUGUGUGGAUCUCAAUCUUCAGUUGGCAUUUCCAGUAUCUUUUUUAACUGUUGUCCUUGAUAUAAAAACCAGAGCCAACCUGUGCCAUUGAGGUUCUGCAGACAAAGUAUAAUGUGCAUUAUGUCUGUACCCAUGAGUCGUAUUGUUAGUUUUAAGCAUUUCCCACAUUGGCCCCCAUGAUGGCACCCAUAGUUCCUAGUAAGGAGUGGGCCUGAGUCAGAGGGAGUGGGUUUUCCCGGUGUCCCACCAGUCAAGUUGACUGUCAGUACAUUGAGGUACUCAUAGGUAUUCUCUAAGUCCUGUUUCAGGACAUACUAUAUGUAUUUACAUUUCAUUGCAAGGGGGAGAGAGACAAACCACAAAGAGAACUGGGGAAUGCAUUUCAAUAGCUCAUAAAUGUGUGUUACUUUCUUUGUACUUAAAGGGGUUGUUCACCUUUAAAUUAACUUUUAGUAUGAUGUAGAGAUUGAUAUUCUGAGACAAUUUGCAACUGGUUGUCAUAUUUUUUUGGGUUAUUAAGCUUUUUAUUCAGAGGCUCUCCAGUUUGCAAUUUUAGCAAUUUGGUUACUAGGGUCCAAAUUACCCUAGCAACCAUGCAUUCAUUUGAACAAGAGCCUGGAAUAUGACUAAGAGGGGGCAGUGUCCGACUGGGAUGCCAGGGGCCCACCAGAAAACUUGGUGUGCCCAAUUUUCUAUUAUUUCUCAUUUCUUCACUCAACCU